AAAACCAGUAGCACUUGUUCCGUUUCUUACUCUCUCUUCUGUGACUGCAACAAUAAGGAACAACUUUACCUGAAGCACAGAUUCUAAAUACGUGACACAUCUGUGAGUAGCACAGUCCAGAGACCAUCAUGGCAUCCAGGAAUAAGGGAACAUCAUCAAAACUAGAUGACAUCAUUUCAAAUAGCGCCCUAAUCCAUCCAGGACCUCCAAAACGGUAUCAGUUGGUACCAAAGAAACAAUGUCUGGAUGAUAAAGGUGAAGAAGAAUCAAAACUAAGAAAAUGGACCAUCGGUGAGAAAGACCCUAACAAGGUCAACAGAACUGUAUUAUUGGUUGGAGAGACAGGAGCAGGAAAAACGACUAUGAUAAACGCCAUGGUCAACUACAUCAUGGGUGUGGAGCGAGAGGACAACAUCUGGUUUGAGAUUACCAACGAGGGAAACAAAUGUCAAACUGAAAGUCAAACUUCUGAGGUCAUAGCUUAUGACAUCUUUGGGUUUGAGGGCUGUAGAGUCCCUUACUCUCUGACCAUCAUAGACACCCCAGGUUAUGGAGACACCAGAGGGUUUCAAGAAGACAGACUAAUUGCUGAAAGACUGCAUGAUUUGUUCAGAUCUCCAAAUGGAAUUGAUCAAAUUGAUGCAGUGGGUUUUGUGGUGAAGGCAAGUACCAAUCGUCUGAGUGACAGGCAGAGGUACAUCUUUGAUGCAGUUUUGUCUUUAUUUGGGAAAGACAUGAAGAAUCAAAUCGUAGCUCUCAUUUCAAACUCAGAUGGAGGACCAGCUAAGAAUGCCCUCCAGGCACUUGAAAACGCCAACAUCAAAUGUGCCAAAAACAAGGACAACAAACCAGUUCAUUUCCUGUUCAACAACCGACAGACAGAUAUUGUAACAAAUAAAAAACAGGAAAGGGCCAUGCGCAUAGCCUGGGAAAUUACCACAGAAGGCCUGGAGGAGUUUUCAGAGUUCCUGGGUAAAGUAGCUCCUCAGAAGUUGAAGAUGACUGUAGAUGUUCUGACACAUCGUAUUCAGCUAGAAGCUUUGGUCAACAACCUACAGGAACGCAUUAAGAUGAUUGAAGGGAAGCAGGCUUUGCUCAAGCAGACUCGUAAUGAACUGAAGAAAUAUAAGAAAGAGAUGGAUGAAAAUAAGGACUUUGAAAUCACAGUUACUGAGAGCUACAAAGAGCGAGUCACCAUACAAGGACAGUGGAUGAAGAAGGCAGUUUGCUGCCUAACCUGUGAAGAGAACUGUCACUACCCAGGAUGCACCAUUGCCAAAAGUCCUUCUUGGUGUGAAGUCAUGAAAAAUGGUUUCUGCACCUCAUGUACUGGGAAAUGUCCAGUCUCCAACCAUGUCAGAGAAAACUGGAGAUUUGUUCAGAAGAAUAAGGAGAUUACCAGGACACACAACGAUCUAAAAAAGAAGUAUGAAUAUAACCUGAGAGCUGCUGGAGAGAAAGCUGACUUAAUGGCCUGUCUGAAGAAAGAGUUGGAUGAUGCUGUGAGAGACAAAGCCAAAUUGGUGGAAGAAUCUUACCAGUGUGUUAUUGAACUAGAAAAAAUUGCCUUGAGAGGUAACUCACUGUCUACUUACGUUUACCUGGACUUCCUGAUUGAGAAGCUGAAGGAGAAAGAAGACAUGGAGAAGGCUAUAAGACUGGAAAGGAUGCAGCGAUGCGCUAGAAAGGAACAAAUGAAUGGGAUGGAUUAUAUAAGGACCGCCCUUGGGCUUCUCUGGCCAAUGAAAUAACAGGAAGACAUCUUAAUAUCUAAACAGUCAUCUGUCUUCCAAUGAAUUUUCUUUUCUAAGUAUUUUCAAGACAAUAAAUAAAUAACCUUGUAAUCAUUUGACUUUCACUGAUUAACCUGAUCGUUUAAAAAUAUGUAUCAUCACUGUAAAAUCUAUUUGAAUAAAGUUAUAGUUAAUCA